AUGUUAGGGGUGGCACCAGUGGUGGCCAAUCACUUUUCAGUGGUGGCCAGUGCCACCCCUGGCCACUCCCUGGACACGCCCCUGGAUGAGAGGGGGAGAAGGUCCUGCUGUUGGGGAACUUCACCAACCCGUGCAGGGAUCUGUCAGCCAGCGGGUCAGAGGGAGAAGACGAGCAGUACGAGGGGUUCCCCUCCGACUACUCUGACCUGUGUCCCGGCAGCCCCCUCUCCUGCUCCCGAUGCCUUCAACCCCUGCGAGGACUUGCUGGGCUUCUCCUUACUGCGCAGCCUCACCUGGCUGGUCCCCACGCUGGCCCUGGCCGGGAACUGCUCCGUGCUCCAGGUCCUGCUCUCUAGCCGGCAGAAGCUGUCCGUGUCCCGCUUCCUGGUGUGCAACUUGGCGCUGGCGGACCUGUGCAUGGGCCUGUACCUGCUGCUCAUCGCCUGCAUGGACCAGCGCUCGCGCCGCGAGUACUACAACCAUGCCACGGCAUGGCAGACUGCGGCGUGGCUGGCUUCCUCAGUGUUCUCUAGCGAGCUGUUUGUGUUUAUGCCGACAGUGAUCACGCUGGAGCGAUGGCACACCAUCACGCACGCCCUGCGCUCUCACAAGAAGCUGCGUCUGCGCCAGGUGGCGGCCAUGAUGGCGGUGGGGUGGGCCUUCUUGCUCCUGCCCACCCUCCUGCCCAUGCUAGGAGUCAGCAGCUACUCAAAGGUGAGAAUGUGCCUGCCCAUGGAAAUCGAAGGCGUGGGCUCGCAGGUGUACGUGGUGUCCAUGCUGCUCUUCAACGUGGCAGCCUUCCUGCUGGUGUGCUACUGCUAUGCACGCAUUUACCUCAGCGUGCACAACCCCGUGGCCACACACCACGGCGACGCCAAGCGCAUGGCCGUGCUCAUCUUCACAGACGUCCUCUGCAUGGCACCCAUCUCCUUUUUCGCCAUCUCGGCCGCGCUGCGCAUGCCGCUCAUCACAGUGUCUCACUCCAAGAUCCUGCUGCUGGUGUUCUACCCUCUGAACUCUCUGUGUAACCCGGUGCUGUCCACGCGACAUGCUGCUGGGCCCUGCUGCUGGGCCCUGCUGCUGGGCCCUGCUGCUGGGCCCCUGCUGCUGGGCCGCUGCUGCUGGGCCGCUGCUGCUGGGCCGCUGCUGCUGGGCCGCUGCUGCUGGGCCGCUGCUGCUGGGCCCUGCUGCUGGGCCCUGCUGCUGGGCCGCUGCUGCUGGGCCCUGCUGCUGGGCCGCUGCUGCUGCCGGGUGCAGGUGCCCCCCCGGACACCCAACUCCCUCCGCUUCUACACCUACCACAUCAAGAUGCAGGGUAGCUUUCUCAACAAGGGCCCAACAUGACCCAAAUAACCCAUGUUUGCUUUUUUGGCAACAAUGAAAUUAGACAAUUAUAUAUGUAGUUGUUAUUGGAGUAUGGAUUUACAUAUAUUGUACAUAUUGAAAAUCUCAGUUCAAUUUUUUUUCUCUAAUAAAACAUUUAUAAAAUAGAGCCUGUUGUGUAACAAACAUUCUGCAUGACUCCUGCUAAACCAAAAGCGACACCAAUUUAGAAAAUUACAAUUAAACCUGAAAACUAAAUUGGCAGUUAAACUGAGAUGUGAGGGUUAGAUGUUAAAGAUGUGAGGGGAGAGAUGUGACCAAGGUUUCCCCAUGCUUAGUUCACACUAGUGCAAAGUGUAUAAAUAAGCGUAUAAAUCAAAUGUAUUUGUAUAUCCCUUUUUACAAGCAAUGUCACAGAGGGCUUCACAUACACCCAUAGAACUGCCCCUCAGCCAACCUCAACCCUCAAGUAUCCCUCAGUAUACCUACAUUAAAACAUAGCCAGUGUGUUAAGGUGUUGUCAGGAGUUUGAUAAUGUUCCCUCAACACAGUUUAAACAGCCUUGC